AUGGCUUCGGACUUUUAUAUUUCUAACGUUAAGUUAGAAUAUCAGAAACUUAGAGAUAGAGUUGAAAAGCUUGAAAAAGAAAAAGAAAUGCUCAUGGCAGAACUCGGACACAGGGAACAAAAUUUUUGUGGGAAUAUACUUGCAUUUGUUGAGAGUUUGUUUUUGAAUACGAAAUACAGUGAUGUACUGUUCAAAACACCGAACGUUCUUGUCCCAGGGCACAGAUUUGUUCUCGAUGCUAGGGGAGGAGUUUGGAAUGUUUAUACAGAGGAUGGUGUAGAAUAUAUAAAUAUACAAGGUUAUCGUCAAAAUGUAUGCGAAGCUUUUAUUCUAUGGACUUAUAGAGGCAUAUUGGAAGAGUACGAAGCACAAUGUUUGUCCGAUUUAAUGACACUUGCACGAGAAUUUUGCUUGCCUUCCUUAUUUACCCAGUGCGAAAUCGCUUUAAUUCCUCUAGUGACAAGAGAAAACUGUCUGUCAUUGUAUUCGUCUUCGCAUAGAUUAAGAGCCACCCGGUUGUUAGACCAUUGCUUCUCGUUUAUGUCACGUGUUUGGCCUAAUUUCUCAGUGAAAGAAAUUUCUACAGUUUCUGCCCCUGUCUUGCAAUCUUUUCUCGAGAAGUAUUCCAAGUUCCCUGUUCACUCAGCAAUUGACCUUGGAAGAGAUGACACAGUUUUAUCUUUGCUUAACGUUGAUCAUCCAAAGGCUAAACUCCUCGUAAAUCAACUGAAUGAAAAUGGUCUAUCACCGUUAUAUAUGGCCCUAAAGGAUGCAAAUUUCGAGCUUGCUGAGAAACUAAUUGGUCUUGGCGCAGAUAUAAACGCACUUAUUGGUCCUACUGACGAAAAGCAACCUGUUACUCAGUUUGCGUUUAGAAAAAAACAUUAUGAAGCUAUCCAAUUUCUCUUGCUUCAUGGCUCCAAUUGUGAUUUCUGUGAUUCAAUCUCGUCUCGCACACUACUUCAUAACAUUGCAGUAACCGACGCAAAGGAAAUGUCAGAAGCUGUGAUAAAUAUAGCAAAAACAUUAAUCCAACAAAGUGCUAAUAUUUCUUCCCAAGAUAUAGACGGAAAUUCACCGUUGCAUUUAUCUAUUUGCACAAUAAUUCAACCUAAUUUAGAUUUACCCAAUAAUCAAGGAUUAUGUCCACUGUGGUUAGCGCUUGUUAGAAAGUUCAAUUUUCGUGAUCCAAGUGUUUAUGGAUUUAAAUCUAACUCAUUGACAAGUAAUUCAUAUGACUUCGCUAGUCAGUUGAUUGAAAAUGGUGCUAACGUGAAUUAUAGAUUUACUGAUGUUCAUUAUUCUGCAUUGAAUGGUAAAUCUUUGAAGAACCCACUUCCAGGUGACACUUUGCUUUUGGCUGCUUCACGAAUCGAAUGGGAAUCAGCUGCUUUAUUUCUUCUUGAUCACUCACAAUGUGAUCCUACUUUAGAGUCAUUUACUCAAGGAGAAACAGUUUUUCAUGUUGCCGUAGAAGCUGAACUGUCUAAUUUAUGCAAUUGCUUGAUUAUGCGGAACGACACUGACCCAAAUCGUUUACGGUUUUCCAAAGUUAAUAUAAUAACAUCAGACAGUGAGGAAAUCCUGUCACAAACGUCUUACGAAAGUACUUGUGUGAAAGAAACUAAUCAAAUGAACUUUACGAAGUCAUUAAAUCCUUUCGACGAUGACUAUGAAAGUAAUGAUUACUGCAAUCUCUUAUCUAACCCUAUGGAUAAUAUAUCAUGUCAAGUGAAUAGUUCACAUUUAUCCACUGACUCAGCAGUUAACGGUACUAUUAUUUCCACUCCAUCGGUAUUAAAUUCAUCAUCACUGAGAGAAAUUAAAAGUGACCACAAGUCUACCCAACAAAUAUACUGCAGUCCUUUACAUCUUGCUGUACAACACAAAAUGUUUGGAAUACUCGAAUUUUAUCUUGAAAACAACGCUAAUGUUGAUUGGUUGCUAUUGAAUGAGUCUGGUGAUUCAGUCAUCAGCUUACUUUUGUGGUCGGAGCAGUUUCAGUUGGUCAAGAGAAUAUUAGAAUCUAUGUGUAAUCAAUCAAAGGAUACAUCAGCUAGUCAUGACUCUAAAUUCAAUGAAUCCGAUAACGUUAUUCAAUCAUUUCUAAAUAAAAUGCCUACAAAAUGUAAUAAGCCAUCUUUAUUGAUUCAAUCCAUUGAACGUGACCAAUUCGAAGUUGUGAAAUUCUUGGUCGAACAUGAUGCUGAUAUUAAUGAGAACGAAACUGACUGUCAGUUAUAUAUCAACCCUCUAUGGACUGCAUUGAAAUUGAGAAGAUGGACAGUAGCUGAUUAUUUGGUGAAUCAUGGAGCUGAUGUUAAUUCAUGGGCACCGUUUAAUGGAACAAAUGCAAAAGUCACUCUACUACAUCGGGCAAUCCAUGAGAACAAUGAAGAGGCUGGUGUGUUUCUAGUGAAACGAAACUGUGAUGUCAAUGCGUUUGCACAGUUUGAUUAUUCAGUAGAUAAGAAAAAAUCAGAUCAUAUUAUACCAGAAUUAGCUCGAUCACCACUGCAUAUGGCCACUUUAAUUGGAAUGUAUGAACUCGUUCAAGUACUUAUCUCCAGUAAUCGUGUACAUAUUAACCAACAGGAUUAUAAUGGUGAAACUGCCUUACAUUUGGCAAUCAGAUCAAAAAAUGAAAAACUUGCCAACCUGUUAAUUGAAGCACCUCAAAUAGACUAUACCGUGCGUGAUGCACAAGCAUACACCGUAUUUCAUGUAGCUGUGGAUUUACGUCAACGUGCAAUUGCACAAAGUCUUUUGAAAAAAGACCCUUCUUUAGCUUUACAAGUUGAUAGUUCAGGACGUAAUUUUCUACAUAUUGCAAUAGAAAAUUUCGAUCGUGAAGCUAUUUUUCUUCUUAUUCAAAUUGGAGUUGAUAUGAAUGCUUGUGUACGUGAUGCACAUCGUCUCACACCCUUCCAUUUAGCAAUUAAAACAGGUGUAGAUGAGGAUAUUUUACGUAGUUUGCUUCUUGCCGGUGCAUCUAUUAACUCACAAACACCACAGAAACAAUACGGUCUUCAUUUGGCUGUGAUUUACAAUAGACCGGAAUUAGUACAUUGUUUAUUAGAGAAUGGAGCUGACCCCAAUUCUCAAGAUUCUGAACGUAAUACACCAUUACAUCUAGCUGUUCGACAUGCUAGAGUAGAUUGUCUUGUAAAAAUUCUCAAUCAUUCCGCUACAAAUUGUUACUGUAUAAAUAUCAGAGGUCAAUUGCCGAUCCACUUGCUGGCUCAACAUCAAGGUCCAGUCAGUGUUGAAAUGCUUGAGUAUUUAUUAGAGGUAUCUGUUGCCAAUCAAAUCAAUGCCCAAGAUGCUGCUGGCAAUACUCUGAAUAAUGCAAUUGUUGAUUUCACCUGCUUGUGGUAUAACUUUACGAAAUGUAUUCAGAAUCAGGAAGGAUGUUUUGCUCUAAUUAUCCCAACUACUUCUUCAAUUGAAGUGAUUGAGUUACCUCCUACCUCGACCGGGGAUAUUUGCUUAUGUAGGAGAAGUAGGCUAGAAGAAAACUGGAGAAGGCAAAGCUGAACUGUGCCACCAGUCUAUGAACUCACUAACAGUUGAACUAAGCCAUGUAGGCACGUGCGGACUAUCGUGUUGGAGUUCGUAGGAUUAUCAUAAUUAAUGGUUAGUGAUUUUGAAUGACGUAUAACAACUUGAAUCGACGCCAAUAUGCGGCGCGUUCUACGCUGCAUAAGCAGCUGUUAUAAUUUUAGGCAUUAGAAAAAACCUUAAUGAACAAUAUUCAGGUAAAGUGUAUGACUUACGAGUACGAAAGAUAAACUAAAGCGUCUAAAUUAUAUAACAAUACAAAUUCUUUUUUGUCAAUAAAUAUUUAAUUAUUACGCGACUAGUUAUAUAAUAAUUUGAAAUAAGCUGUUUCUUAUGAAUCUUCUUCAAUCGACAGAAGGUUCUGAACCUAGGUAGUUGUCACCUAUUUGCAUAAUAGAUCUGCAGUCUCAAGUCUCACUGUGAUUUGAAUCAUCACCCAAUGUUACAGCUGGCGAUGUUAAAAUUAAGUCAUUCAACGCAUUAUCGACUCCCAAUAUGACUAAUAUAUUUAUAAAACGAUUAGUCCCUUUGAUCAAUUUCGAUAAUGUAAUAAGAAGACGAUAAUCUUCGUUUUAAUAUAUUGAGCAAUAGCCUGUGUGCAUGUUUCGUAUCAAGUUCCAUUGAUCAUGCUGUAAAGUGACCAACAGUUCGACUUACUCCUCAUGGUGUAAAUUAUUUCCGAAUUUUAGUUUGGGUGGUUACCUUCAAGUAGCUGACAGCGGAACAUAGUUCACAAUGACUAGUCGCUUAGAUUUGUGGUCAAAGUAAAACUUGUUCGUUAUAAUUCGAUCAACCCAAGGGACUAGCCAAAACUCAAUCAAUCUAGUUAUUUUAAGAAUUACAGUUAUCAGUUAGUUCGUUUUACAACUUGUCAGGUUUAGCAUACUUCAAAUGUCUGCCACAAUUUUUGAAAUCACACUUAAAUUUUCUAUGGGAAACCAAUGAUUUUCAUCAUAAUCUUAAUUCAAGCCACCUAGUUUUAUUAAUUGGUUUUGAUUUUGCUAUAAGUUUCUGAUUUACUGAACACAUACAGUUCUUUUAUACACGAACUCCGCUGUUCAACAAUCUAUCGAUUAAAACGACAUGGAAAAAUAUGUACGGACUUUUUUAGUUAUAGUUAAAUUUUGAAUUUCACUCUAAAUUAUUAUUGUAACGUAUAGUUGAGAAGUUAAUUGAAAAUUUGCAUGUUAUUUUUACGUUCUUUGUUCGUUCUAAUAGUUCUCUUCUAAUUUGCAAGUAAAUUGUUAAUCAAUGGAGUUCGACUCCGUCAAAAUAUAAAAGUAUCUUCUAUGUUAUUUUAGCAAGUAAUCAGUCAGUCAUUGACAAUAUAGAGUGUGAAUCUGCUAGAGACGUAACAAAAAGCAUACAAACAUAACAGGUGAAUAUUUGAGUCAAUGUAUACAAGCAAAGCCAUUACCUGGCGUUUUUUCACCACGGUGUGACGCCAUUUAACGAACAAUAAUAAAGCAAAAGACACUGGAAUGUUACUUCAUCCUAGUUUGCCCCUUCAAAUUAGUGCUCAUUCAUAACCUCAUACGCAUAUGACCCUCAUCUUAGAAAUAAAAAGGGGCACAAUGAGCAUCUGUGAAUUUCACUGGAUUAAUUUACUUAUGGAACGCUAAUUGGUUCUUGAUAUAAUGCAACCCUCAAGUAAUCUCAUAAUAAAAAUCACCUUGUGAUUUGUCAAAUUAUUUCAAGGAUACAUUUUUUGAAUGUUCGUGAAAAAAGAUGUCGCUCAUUUUGUUUUACAUUCAUAAAUAUUGUUUAUUUUCUAAAUGUUAAUUUCUUCUUACAUGUCACUAAUUCUUUGUCUUUUUAAGAAAAAAAUUAAUUACAUUUGGUCUUAAUAAGUUUUUCUUGUUUUGUUUGGUUCUGUUUUCUUCAUCUUUCAGCAUUAAUUCUCGCAUAUCAAGCAGGAAACAUAUCACUUUGUACCGCAUUACUUCAAGCCGGUGCAUCUUUAGGAAUUAUGAAUUCUGAAGGGGAUACUGUGUUUAGUUUAAAUAAAAAGAAAUGUAAAAGUUCAACUCCUGGACAUGUUCUUUCACAAUUACUAGAUUCACUUAUUCAAGAACCUCGAUGGGAAGAUGGUUCUGUUUGUGUUGAAUGUUGCGUGAAGUUUGGUAUAACUAACAGAAAACAUCACUGUCGCCACUGUGGACGUUUACUUUGUGCUCAAUGUUCAGCAUUCGAAAUACCAAUUGUAAAAUAUGAACUUUCUAAACCAGUUCGAGUAUGUGAGGUUUGUUUUAAUUUCCUGAAUAAUCCAUCCUAGUAUAUGCAUAUUACUGACGAUUAUGAUUUUUA